AUGACCUCACAAUCACCAACAGGAUCAUCAUUCACUUCUGAGGUACCAACUGGCUCACCAUUUACGUCUGAACCACCUACUGGAUCAUUCCACUCUACUGCGUGGCAUUCUUCGGAGCUACCUAUUCAUUCGUCAAUAUCUUCAGUAGAGCCAACUGGUUCAUUUAGUUCUCAACCUCCUACAGGAUCAUCGUACACUUCUGAGUCACCUCACUCUACUCAAGUGCCUACAGGGUCAGUGCAUUCAUCAGUGGUUCCAUCAGCUUCUCCUAUGACCUCACAAUCACCAACAGGAUCAUCAUUCACUUCUGAGGUACCAACUGGCUCACCAUUUACGUCUGAACCACCUACUGGAUCAUUCCACUCUACUGCGUGGCAUUCUUCGGAGCUACCAAUUCAUUCGUCAAUAUCUUCAGUAGAGCCAACUGGUUCAUCUAGUUCUCAACCUCCUACAGGAUCAUCGUACACUACAGAGUCACCUCACUCUACUCAAGAGCCUACGGGGUCAGUGCAUUCAUCAGUGGUUCCAUCAGCUUCUCCGAUGACCUCACAAUCACCAACAGGAUCAUCAUUCACUUCUGAGGUACCAACUGGCUCACCAUUUACGUCUGAACCACCUACUGGAUCAUUCCACUCUACUGCGUGGCAUUCUUCGGAGCUACCAAUUCAUUCGUCAAUAUCUUCAGUAGAGCCAACUGGUUCAUUUAGUUCUCAACGACCUACAGGAUCAUCGUACACUUCUGAGUCACCUCACUCUACUCAAGCGCCUACAGGGUCAGUGCAUUCAUCGGUGGUUCCGUCAGCUUCUCCGAUGACCUCACAAUCACCAACAGGAUCAUCAUUCACUUCUGAGGUACCAACUGGCUCACCAUUUACGUCUGAACCACCUACUGGAUCAUUGCACUCUACUGCGUGGCAUUCUUCUGAGCAACCAAUCCAUUCCUCAAUAUCGUCAGUACAGCCAACUGGUUCAUUUAGUUCUCAACGACCUACAGGAUCACCGUACACUUCUAAGUCACCUCACUCUACUCAAGCGCCUACAGGGUCAGUGCAUUCAUCGGUGGUUCCGUCAGCUUCUCCGAUGACCUCACAAUCACCAACAGGAUCAUCAUUCACUUCGGAGGUACCAACUGGCUCACCAUUUACGUCUGAACCACCUACUGGAUCGUUGCACUCUACUACGUGGCAUUCUUCUGAGCCACCAAUCCAUUCCUCAAUAUCUUCAGUGCAGCCUACUGGUUCAUCUAGUUCUCAACCUCCUACAGGAUCAUCGUAUACUUCUGAGUCACCUCACUCUACUCAAGCGCCUACAGGGUCAGUGCAUUCAUCGGUGGUACCGUCAGUUUCUCCUAUGACCUCACAAUCACCAACAGGAUCAUCAUUCACUUCGGAGGUACCAACUGGCUCACCAUUUACGUCUGAACCACCUACUGGAUCGUUGCACUCUACUGCGUGGCAUUCUUCUGAGCCACCAAUCCAUUCCUCAAUAUCUUCAGUACAGCCAACUGGUUCAUUUAGUUCUCAACCUCCUACAGGAUCAUCGUACACUUCUGAGUCACCUCACUCUACUCAAGCACCUACAGGUUCAGUGCAUUCAUCAGUGGUUCCAUCAGCUUCUCCUAUGACCUCACAAUCACCAACAUUAUCAUCAUUCACUACUGAGCCACCAAUUCAUUCUUCAAUAUCGUCAGUACAGCCAACUGGUUCAUCUAGUUCUCAACCUCCUACAGGAUCAUCGUACACUUCUGAGUCACCUCCCUCUACUAAAGCGCCUACAGGUUCAGUGCAUUCAUCAGUGGUUCCAUCAACUUCUCCUAUGACCUCACAAUCACCAACAGGAUCAUCAUUCACUUCGGAGCCACCAAUUCAUUCCUCAAUAUCUUCAGUACAGCCAACAGGUUCAAUUAGUUCUCAACCUCCUACAGGAUCAUCGUACACUUCUGAGUCACCUCACUCUACCCAAGCGCCUACAGGUACAGUGCAUUCAUCAGUGGCAUCAUCAGCUUCUCCUAUGACCUCACAAUCACCAACAGGAUCAUCAUUCACUUCGGAGGUACCAACUGGCUCACCAUUUACGUCUGAACCUCCCACUGGUUCAUUAUUUACUUCUGAACAGCCCACUGGUUCAUCUUCCUCAGUAUUUACUGUAACAACCUCCAAUUCAAGCUUGUCUACUGUUUCCACAACUCAAUCCCCUACAAAGUCAUCCACAGAAACUCCUCUUUUUUCAAGUUCCACUGUAACAUCAAUCACUAACUCUACUAUGGGUCCCACAACUACUUCUCAUUUAACAUCCUCUUCUAAAAAUACAACAAUCCCUACAAUAGUUUCUACCCAACACAUGACUUCUAGUACAACAUUUAAUGGUACUACAACUCCAGGAACUCCUCUGUUUUCAAGUUCUACUGUAACACUUGUUACUAAUUAUACAAAUAUUCCUACAACUAUAUCUAAUUUAACAACCUCUUCCAAAAAUACAACAGUUACAACAACUGUGCCUACUCAUAAUGUAACUUCUACUACAAUAUUUAAUAGUUCUACAAUCCCAGUCACAGGUUCUCCUUUUUCAUCAACUCCUCCUUUUACACAAUCUCCAACUAAACAUUUAUCCUCAACCACCCCUAUGCCAUAUACAAAAGUUACUUUUCCAACAUCUACAACUACCAAUCCUUCUCAACCACCCUUUGGAGAAACUAUUUGGCUCUAUCCUACAACAGAUAUUAUUGCAAUAAUAUCUGUUGUGAGCAUUGUUAUUUUUGUAAUUGUUGUAUCUAUAAGAGCACUGUGACAAAUACAAUAACAGUAACAUUUUUAAGAUCUUGUAAUAAUUAAGUAUUUUACCAUUUAAACAAUGUUUUCUUGUGUUUUGUCUAUGAUAGAAUUGAAUAUCUUUGAACUUAUGUAUUAAAACUAUAAUAAGUAUCAUAACAUCGAAACUAAAAAUUGUGUCAACUCUUAUUUAUAAACAACAGCUUUUGUAAUAGGUUGUCAAUGUUUGCUACAAUAUCUUGAUGAUAGACAAUCAUCAAUAUACAUCAUCUUGGCCAAUAUCUAUAAUAUAUAAAUGAAUAUCAAAAGGAUUUGCUGCUUGUAACAUUAUUUCUUUUUCAUUAUAUAUUAUCAAAUAGGGCAAUAAAGCAGGAUUUAUAAUACUUUUGAAUAUUUGUACAAUUUGACAAGCCAUUUAAAAAUUAUUAAAAAUAUGUUCAGUAUCCUUGUACAAUAGUAUCCAAGCAGGAAGUCCUUAGCUUAGGAUUUCAAGAAAUAUUCUUAAGUUUGGUCCUUUUUGAAUAUUUAUUUGCAUACAAGGUUAUAUCAAGAUUUAAAUAAUGGCAACUCAUUUGUGUAUAUAACCUUUCUUGUUAUAACUUAAGAAUAGUAUAUUAAUGAUUAGCCAGAAAAAUUAAAGAUGAACGGAGUUGGAGAUAAAAAACACACUACUUUAACACUACUGUUAAUUUUAAUGCUUCGAUAGUAAAAGUAAUAUUACAUUUCUAUGUGUUAACAUGUUUUGUUCAUAGUUAUUCACUUUUAGUAAUUUAUUUAUUUUGUCUAUUAAAUGUUAAAGUAUA